CCGUCCGUCUUGUCGUUUUGAUUGGCUGGAUAUUCAGACAUGAAAACACAUAAAACCAAUGAUGCUCCGCUCAUCUCAUGAUAGUGAUAAUGGCUGGAACAUUUCGCUAUCAGUCUCUGCUUCUCCUCCUCUGCGUCUCUGUUCUCGUAUCAACAUUGUACGGUGACCCAGGAACAACUGAACCAGUUGGCUAUGGCUAUAAGCUCCAAUCCGUCAACGUUGACCACCACAGCAACUCCCUCGCCGCUUAUCUUGGCCUCAUCAAGGACUCCUCUGUUUACGGUCCUGAUAUUAAGCAACUCAAACUCUCCGCUUUCUUCGAGACAAAGGACCAUUUAAGAAUCAGAAUCACCGAUUCUAAGAAACAAAGAUGGGAGAUUCCGACCCAGAUUAUUCCCCGUCAAACCCACUUUUCUUCCCCGGAAGAAAAGUUAGAAAACCUCGGUUCGCCGGAGAAAACCCAAAUCCUCUCCAACCCUUCCUCCGACCUGAUUUUCACUCUCCACGACACUACCCCGGUUGGGUUCUCGGUGUCGCGGCGCUCCACCGGAGACGUAAUUUUUGACACCUCGCCUGACACGUCAGAUUCCGGAACUUUCCUGAUCUUCAAGGAUCAGUACAUUCAACUCUCCUCUUCACUACCCAAGAACAGAGCUUCGCUGUACGGGAUUGGGGAGCAUACGAAGAGCUCCUUUAGGUUGACUCACCACCAAACGUUGACUCUGUGGAAUGCGGACCUGGCAAGUGCGGUUUCCGACGUGAAUCUUUAUGGGUCGCACCCGUUCUACAUGGAUGUCCGGUCGCCGGUUGGGACCUCUCACGGUGUUUUGCUGUUGAAUAGUAAUGGAAUGGAUGUAGUGUAUGGUGGUGACAGGAUAACUUAUAAAAUUAUUGGGGGUUUGAUUGACUUAUAUGUUUUCGCCGGACCGUCGCCGGAAAUGGUGAUGGAGCAGUACACAGAGCUUAUUGGCCGGCCUACCCCGAUGCCCUAUUGGUCCUUCGGAUUUCAUCAGUGUCGUUAUGGCUACAAAGAUAUUUCUGAUGUCAAGGCUGUAGUGGCUGGGUAUGCCAAAGCAAAAAUCCCUCUUGAAGUUAUGUGGACAGAUAUUGAUUACAUGGAUGCUUAUAAAGAUUUCACUCUUGAUCCUGUCAAUUUUCCGGCGGACCUGAUGAAAAAAUUCGUUGAUAAUCUUCACAAAAAUGGUCAAAAAUACGUGGUUAUCCUGGAUCCUGGUAUCAGUGUGAAUGAUACUUAUGGAACUUAUAUCAGAGGAAUGAAGGCCGAUGUAUUUGUAAAACGCAACGGUAAGCCUUACAUGGGAGAAGUUUGGCCUGGAAAAGUCUACUUUCCUGAUUUUGUAAAUCCUGCGACGGAAACAUAUUGGCGUGGCGAGAUCAAAUUGUUUCAAGACAUUCUUCCGGUUGAUGGUCUCUGGCUCGACAUGAAUGAGAUAUCCAAUUUUGUAGAUCCCAGUCCUAUCGAAUUUUCUACGCUUGAUGAUCCUCCUUACAAGAUUAACAAUGCAGGAGUGCAGCGACCGAUAAAUAAUAAAACAGUUCCAGCAACAGCAUUACAUUUUGGUGGCGUGACAGAAUACAAUGUCCAUAACAUGUAUGGAUUAUUAGAAGUCAAAGCAACUAAUGCUGCCUUAAUCAAGUUAACUGGUAAAAGACCUUUUAUACUCAGUAGAUCAACUUUUGUUAGCUCUGGUAAGUACGCAGCACACUGGACUGGUGAUAUUGCAUCAACAUGGGAAGAUUUGGCAAAUACAAUCCCUUCCAUUCUCAAUUCUGGACUCUUUGGCAUCCCAAUGGUUGGUGCUGAUAUUUGUGGUUUUUCUCGAGAUACAACUGAAGAACUUUGUCGACGUUGGAUUCAGUUGGGAGCUUUCUAUCCAUUUGCAAGAGAUCACUCCGAUAAGAAUUCUGUUCGUCAAGAGCUCUAUUUAUGGGAUUCAGUUGCUGCAAGUGCUCGAAAAGUACUUGGCCUUCGCGUUCAAUUGCUCCCAUACUUCUACACAUUAAUGUAUGAGGCUCACACUAAAGGGAUCCCUAUUGCAAGACCCCUUUUUUUCUCAUUCCCUAAAGAUGUUCAGACUUAUGGAAUCAGUUCGCAGUUUCUAAUCGGUAAAGGCGUGAUGGUGUCACCUGUAUUGAAGGCCGGAGCAGAUUCUGUUAAUGCAUACUUCCCAGCAGGAAACUGGUUUGACAUCUUUAACUACUCAAAUUCAGUGAUUGUCGAUUCAGGGAAGUUUAUCACUCUUGAUGCACCAGCCGAUCAUAUAAAUGUCCACGUCCGAGAGGGUAAUAUUUUGGCCUUGCAAGGCAGUGCCAUGACAACACAAGUUGCUCGAAGGACGCCUUUCCACCUGCUGGUGUUUAUCAGUAGCAAAGAAACAACUACUGGAGAAGUUUUCCUGGACAAUGGAGAGGAGGUGGAGAUGGGAGGAGAAAGCGGGAGUUGGAGCUUUGUGAAGUUUAAAGCAGAAAUUGUGGGAAUUAGUACUGUUGUUGUGAAAUCAGAGGUUGUGAAUGGAGCUUUUGCUUUAAGUCAGAAAUGGAUCAUAGACCAAGUGACCAUUAUAGGGUUGAAAAAGCCUCAAAGAUUGAAGGGAUGUGAGACAAGCAUUGCUGUGGAAAGCAAAGUACAUGAUAACUUGGCGACCACAGACGGUAAAUCACAACUUCCGAGUAAUGAGAUCUCUGGAUUAUCAAUCCCUAUAGGGAAGGAGUUCAAGUUGGAAAUGAAAUGGUGAUGGCAUCGUAAUCGUUGGCCUGAAACUAGUACAAUAAGGGAUUUGCUGGUAUGUUUCUCUGCUUUCUCAAUUAGUCCUGUGCCUGAUUUUUAGUCCAGAGAUGCUUCUCAUGGCAUUUUCCUGCAAAAAGUUCUGAAGAAUAAAGACGUUCAUUUAGUCUUGUAUCUAACUAAUGAUACUCUUCAGUGUUCUAUCUAUAUAUUUUUAGAUA